UCUGAAAUUUAUCAGCAGCAGAUGAUUAACAAUGUGGCUUGGGCUCUCUAUUUCAAACCAGAGGAGAAAUAAAAACCACCCGUCACUGCGUCGCUUGGGAUUUGUUAAACACUUGCUCAUUCUGAGGUGGGCUGAAAGGAUGGACUCCCUGCUGGUCACCCUGAAGAACAUCCACUUGUUCAGAUUCAUGGCCAGAAAAUGGCAAAGGUCACUCUCAAAGAAGAUUCUGACCAAAACCGACAUCGGGUCACCGUACAACUUCAGACACCUCAUCCACGUGGAGGAGCCAGAGAUCAAGAUCGAUCUGAACAAACUGGACCCAAAGCUGGAGAAGGUGUUCAACAUGUUUGGACUCUCUGAGGCGACACUGAAGGACAAAGAGGCACGCAGGAUCAUCUAUGAUUUCUGUUAUCUGGGACUUUAUGAGACCGUGAGGAGUGAACUGAACCGGGGGUCAAACUGCCGCCGUUCAGAAUCCAGCUCAGCUCUCGAACCUCGAGACCGCUGUAGACCUCCUCCUCCUCCUGCUGGCUCCUCCGUCCCUCCUUGUGUCAUGCGUGCCCCCUCGCUCUCACCUCCUUGCCUCUUGUUUCCUCCUCUUGCUCCUCCACCCAUCUUGCUUGCACCCUACAUCCCACCUCUUCGCUGCAUGCCCCAACGUUUUCUUCCCUCCACCAUCCUUGGCUCCUUCCGUGCACUCGAUCUCCCACCUUUUCGCCCCUUGUGCCCCCCUCCUCUCCCCCCACCUCCUCAGGACGUCCUGCCACCUGAGACCAGCAGCCUUCCCACACCAGCCCCUCCCAAGAGCAUCCUUAGAUCACUGUUGGAAAAGAUGCAGCAGAAGUACAAAGACACUGAAGAAUACAGGGAUAAAUUCAAGUGGAACAUUUUUGCUUACAUGGGGAGGUUUUUGGUGAAUUUCAUUGAUUCAUUUAUUACCUAAACUCACUUAGUUCAUGUCAAGGUCACGGGGGGGCUGGAGCAGUUCCCAGCAGUCACUGUGUGAGAGGUGAGUUAUACACUGGACACGCUGGAUUUUGGUUAAUUUGAAAAUCAUGUUGAUGGUGUUGAUGCUCAUGAAUGUUAUUGUAAAAAGUAGUAAUUUGGCGUUUGGCUGUUACAUAUUAAAUGUUUUAAUGUU